GGUAGUGUAAAAUUAGACACCCGCACGUCACUUCUGUAUCUUACAAUUACAAAAUCUGCCCCAAAAUCUCCGAAAACGAAUUUUCACAAUCCUAAAAGAGCUCGUCGGGGCCGGAGAUGGAAACAACAACCGGAGACGGAAUCAGGCGGUCAAAGGUCUUCGCUUUGGUGGCAAUUCUUCUAUUCAGUUUCGUGAACGACAUAACGGCGUUAUCGGUAACGGUAAACGAUGAGGAAUGCGUGUACGAGUACGUUCUCUAUGAAAACGACAUGAUUUCUGGAAACUUCGUCGUCGUUGAUCAUGACAUCUUUUGGAGUUCCGAUCAUCCCGGCAUCGAUUUCGUCGUGACAGCACCCGGGGAAAAUGUUGUACACACAAUGAAGGGAACAUCUGGGGAUAAAUUUGAGUUCAAGGCCCCUCGGAGUGGGAUGUACAAGUUCUGUUUUAAGAAUCCUUAUUCAACACCAGAAACAGUCUCUUUCUACAUACAUAUUGGACACAUCCCCAAUGAGCAUGACCUUGCUAAAGAUGAACAUUUGGACCCCAUUAAUGUCAAAAUUGCUGAACUAAGAGAGGCAUUGGAGUCGGUUACUUCAGAGCAGAAGUACCUAAGAGCACGUGAUGCUCGUCAUCGUCAUAGUAAGACUUCAUUCUUUUUUUUGAUAAGGACUUUAUUGCUCUUUUAUUUGAAAUGGAUAUAAACUUGAUUGGUUUUC